AUGAAUACAAAUCUCACUUAAGAUGAUGAUUCAAUUGAAUUUUAAAAAGCUGUAACAUCUCCAUACAAAUGUCCUCAACAUCUACUAAUAAUAAAUGAUAGUUUAUUCUUAUUAUCCAUAAGAGAGUAUGAAGAACCUGAGGAGACUUUUCUAAUUGUUUCUGAAAUUUAAUAAGACAUUCAGAUUGUUAUCAGUUCAAAAUUUGUUAAAGUAAAUAUUUAAAUAAUGAUUAGAGAAUUAGAUACACUAUAACAAAUCCAUAUAACAUAGAAUUGAUGAUAAGUUCCUUAAAAAGAGCCUAAUAAUUCAAAGAUGAUAAUUUAUAAUAAGUACAUAGAUAUUGAAUAUUUAGGUUCAUUAAUACAUGAUUGAAAAUUAAACUUCUAUACAAAUCUAUUCUUCUUAUGCAAAUUAGUGUAAUUACUUAUAGGAAAGAAUUUAAAAUGAAUCUAGAAUAUUAUAAAAUGAAAUUAAGUUAAGAUCAUAUCUUUACAAUGUUUUAGAAGGACUUAAAUAUAUUCAUGAAAACAAUUGUGUUCAUAUGUGUAUUACUCUAUAGAAUAUAGAAUGCCAUAAAGAAGAGUAUAGAUAAGUAAAUAAUUGUUUAAUUCUAGUUAAAAAUAAGUCGAUUUGAGACUUUAUCAGAAAUCAAAACUAAAUUAAAUCCUGAUCUUCGGAAAUAUUUAAUAAAAACACUUCCUCAUAUACCUCCCGAAUUAGGAGAUUCUAAUUAUAUAAUUUAACCAUCUUUUGAUAUUUAUUGUUUAGGAGUGGUACUAUUUUAAAUAUGCACUUGUCAAUUACCAGAAGAUAAUUAAAGAACGAAUCGAUUAAUCCUUAAAAAGUUUAUUUCAAAAGAAUUAGCUAAUAUGAUUAUAUUAAUGUUGGAUCUUAAGGCUGAGAAUAGACCAACAGCUAUUACUUUAAUUGAUAAUUAAUGGUUCAACAUUUGAUAUUAAAUAUUAUUC